AUGAACGUUGAACUGGAGUUGUCUACCAUUGCUCGCGAGUACUCGUCGUACUUUCCAAAGUGUAAUUUGGUGCCGGAAAAGAGAUCGUACUACCCAUUAAAAACGGAACCGUGGCAUCUUGCAAUCACCACGAAAGAAGAGAAAAGUGUCAAGGUGACCGUUUCCGUGGCUGGAUGGUCACUUACGGACAGCGAGCAGUACUUUCAAACAUUUGAAGCAUUGAUGAACCACGAGUCGCCGCAGUUUCGCCAUUCUUUCGCCGAUGCUCUUACACAAAAACUUGCUUUGAUCAGUGAAGGUUAA